CCGGAAGUGUAGCUGUUGCCACGCGGAAGUUGGUCGGUUGCCAUGCGGAAGUAGGUCAGAGUGUAUCGCGGAAGAGGCUGUGGGAGCAACCAUGGCUCCUGUGCCCUGUGUGCUGCUGACCAGCUGCGCUGCGGGAUUCAGCGAGGAGUCUCUGGUGGCAGGUAGGUACAUGGCAGAGGGUGUGCAUGCUGGGCACGGGGAGGCGGACCGCCCAUAUCAUUAUUCAGGUUAUUACACACUGCCUGUCACAGCCAUACAGGAUACACUGUGACUCAGGGCCGGACUGGGGAUACAAAACAGCCCUGGAAAAAAAUGUUAUGCCAGCCCCAUAAGUCACUGCGCCAUAUAUUGUCGCAUGUAAUAUGUAAGGUUAUGUCUUGCCAGGACAGAUUGAGUAAUAUAUCUUUUUCUAAUAUAAAAUAUUGGUCCUUUCAGAGUAAAAAGUUUAGUUAUACAGUAAGCAUACUCACAUGCAGACACAGGCAAUUUCAGUGACACACACAAGCUCAUUGAUACACAGCCUCAUAGACAAACAAUCUCACUGAUAUACAUCAGCUCAUUGACAUAAAAACACAAGCUCACUCACUAGCAGACGCACGCACACGCAGUUUAGUGUAGUGGUACUGGUGUCUAUAGCAUGUCCCUACAGGCUUUUCAACGUAAACACUGACUUUUCAGAGAAAAGGCAGUGUUUACAUUGCUUCAAAGUGACACCGCUAGUGACAGUCACUCAGACGGUCACUAGAGGUGUUUCCUGUGUUAGUGCACCUACAUUCAGGGCCUCCACACUCUGGAAGCGCUGAACGUUCCCACUAGAGAUACAUUGAUUCAAUGCAUCUCUAUGAGUAGAUGCUGAUUGGUGUAGCAUUUUGCAGCCAAUCCUAUGGCAAAGCAUUGGACUGGCUGAGAUCAUCAAGCUUGAUGAUCUUAUUUAAAGAGGCAGGGACAGUCGAGGGGAGACCAGCACGUUGCGUGGGGGAAAAAAAAGGUGAGCAAAAACACUAUUUUUUUUAAAUUUGACAAUUUUUAUUUAUUUUGUCAGUAAGCAACAUAUUCAGGGUACAGAAAGGAAUGGGAUAAUAAUUAAUAAGAGUAGAUUUGUACAGUUGCUCCUUAUACCAGGGGAGGGUACAUAACAGAGAGAGGGGGGGAGGGUGCAUCACAGGUUGAUACAGACAAGCUUUUUUGUUACCGUAACAGUAAAUCCACAUUAUUUUCAGUACGUAAUAUGUCCCCACUGUAGCAUGUCACCCUAUAUCUAACAACAUAUCAGCAUCCCACGGGUGGCUGUGGGAGUGUGAGUAAGCAUACGCAACUUGGAGAUGUUGAGGACUUGACAACUCAUUUGCUAGGUACAGCCCCUGGUGCUUUACCCGGUACCUUACCAGAUCUCUAUGUUUGCCAAAGCUCCCACGUUUUCCUAUAGAGCGUAGAGGGGGGGAAGAGGGACGUGUAGGAGGUUUCGUAAAUCCACUGCUUUUGCAAUUCCUCUAAGAGAUUUUCCUUCUUGGGAAGGAUCGUGGACUUCCAUCUCCUUGCUAUCAAUUGCUGCGCCGUCAAAGCUAUGUGUAAGGUCAACUUUCUGACGUGUGGGGGCAUUUCUCUAGGGAGGUCCAGCAAUAGACACGCCUGCGGGGUAAAUGGGGGAGAGCUCUGUGUGGCUUCUCGGAUCAGUGUGUGGACAUCCGUCCAGUAUGGGACUAGCCUUGGGCAGCUCCACCAUAUAUGGUGCAUUGUGCCCUCCGCUGCUUGGCAUCUCCAACAAAGUGGUGAGGUGGAGGGGAAAAUCUUGUGCAGUCUGGUCGGCACUAAGUACCACCGGUAUAGAAUUUUGCGAUGCUGUUCAAUGUGGGAGGUGGAUUUUAGUAGCUUUAGUGGGUCGGAUAUGAGGGAGUCCCAGGAUAUGGGUGGCACUGCGCAGUCUAGAUCGCUCUCCCAUUGUUGAGCAUAUUUUGUGGUGGAAAAGUGGUUGUGUUUCGAUAUGGAGCUGAGACACAUGGAGAUCGGUUUACAUUGAGGUAGCAAUCUUGCAGUUAUACACAUUUGUUCCCAUGCAGUUAACCUGUUAGCAUCUCUAGAGGUGUCUAAGAAACGUUUCGCUUCAUUAGAGAUGUAGGAGUGUAAUUGGAGGUACAAGUACUGCGAGGACUGUGGUAGCGUGUAUUUGCUGGCUAGGGUCGUGUAGUCUAGUAGUUUAUGGGCAUCAAAUAGAUGGUAAAGGUGCGUCGUGCCACUUCGGUGCCACGGUAGGGCAUUGAAUGUGGGGAUAAUGUAGGGUAUGGCCUUUAGGGGGGUUGACAGGGAGAGGUCGGGUGUACUUCCCAACCUAGGCCUGUACCUAUCCCAGAUGUGAAACAAAAGCAGUAUCUGGGGGGAGCUGUCGGCAAGUCAGGCCUAAGAUGCGACGGUGUCCAAAGUAGGUGCAGGAUGUCGUGGUUAUCUAAUUGGUCCCUCUCCAGGGAGACCCACUGUGGUUUGGGUGCAGAGAUUAUGUGGGGGAUAGCUGUAGCUAGUACUGCCGCAUGAUAGUAGCCUUGGACAUUGGGUAGUGCUAAACCACCUUGUUUCUUGGGGGCCUGUAAGACCGUGGUGGCUACUCUGGCUUUGCCUCCUGCCCAUACAAACUUCCCCAUAUCAGCCUGAAUGGUCUUAAAGUAGGAGGGAGGGAGACGGAGAGGGAUGGUGCGAAAGAGGUACAGCAGCCUCGGUAGUAUUGACAUUUUGAGUGUCACGAUGCGGUCUGACCAGGACAGGUACAGUGGCGACCAUUGUUUCAGUAGUUGACUGCAUUUGUUCCAAACUGCAACAUAAUUUGCUGACAUAAGGUUCGCAGGGUUUUUAGUGAUCGUCAGGCCUAGGUAACGUAUGGAUUCUGUCCUCCAGUCAAAGUCGUAUGUGCGUGUGAGGGUGCGUAGAACCUGGGCAGGGAUGCCUAUAGGCAGGGCCUGUGUUUUGGCUGCAUUCACUAAAUAGUAUGAGAACUGUCCAUAGGUGUGUAUUAUCUGCAUCAGUGUAGGUAGGGAGUCUUGUGGGUUUGUUAUGUAUAGCAGUACAUCAUCUUCGAAUGCGCUAAUCUUAACCUGUUUGUGCCCUAGGUGUAUUCCCUUUAUAUUCUCAUUCAAGCGUAUGCGGUGUAAGAGGGGUUCUAAUGCAAGGACGUAUAAAAGUGGGGAUAGGGGGCACCCCUGUCUCGUACCGUUGGUAAUCGGAAAGGUGGGGAAAAACACUAUUUUUAAACACACAUAUACACCAUGACAGACACAGAAACACACAUAUACACCAUGACAGACCAUGACACAGACAGACCCACACACACACCAUGACACAGACAGACACACACCCAUACACCAUGACACAGACAGACACACACACCAUUACACACACACACAUAUACCAUGACACACACACACCAUGACACAGACAGACCCACACGCACACAUGACAUAGACAGACACAUAUACCAUGACACACACACACACACCAUGACACAGACAGACCCACACGCAUACCAUGAAACAGACACACACACACCAUGACACAGACACACACACACCAUGACACAGACACACAGACACACACACACCACGACACAGACAGACAGACACACACACACCACGACACACACACCUCAACACAGACAGACAUACACACACACCACGAAACAGACAGACAUACACACACACCACGAAACAGACAGACAUACACACACACCACGAAACAGACAGACAGACCAUAACACAUUACUACUACUUGCCAGGGGGUCGUGUAGUGCAGACGGUUGUCUGUGCUGGCGGCCUCUGCGGGAGCUGCGCUGGCUCUGCUCUCCAGCCCUUACGCGCUGCUGCAUGAGACCGCGGCCGGAAUAUGACAUCAUAUUCAGGCCCCGGUCUCAUUAAGCUGCGCGCUGGGGAGCAGAGACAGAACAGCUCCCCCAGCGGCCGCCAGAAAACCUCCGCCAGCAGACCCAGGUGUCUGUUCGGCCCCAGGUGCCGACUGCUCACCGGGAAAUUUCCCGGUAUCCCGGUGGGCCAGUCCAGCCCUGCUGUGACUCCCAACCAGCAGCCCGUGUGACUCCACUCCCCAACCAGCAGCCCGUGUGACUCCACUCCCCAACCAGCGGCCCGUGUGACUCAAUAUAGAACAUGAUGAAAUACCAGACCGUGUUGCUCAAACUGAUACAGAACGAGCUGCCCGAAUGCUCGGUUACAUUUUAGUUUGUUUUUAAAAAUUAAAUGGUGGCAGGCGUUACAUUUCCUUGUCUGGUUAUAACUACAUGUCUGUUCGUCCACUCAUUGUAAAGCACUGCGGAAUUUGAUGGCGCUAUAUAAAUAAUAUCAUAAUAAUAAUAAAUAACUCCUUGCUUAUCACAUAAUGACUGAGGCGAAUCACACACUCCGGGCGAUUCACUAAUGUGAGAAGUGAAGGGAAUUCAAACCAGAGUAGCCGACAUUAGGACCGCAGUGUGGGCCGGGGUGUGGAAUGACCCCCGCAGGGCCAGCACCUCGCAGCAUGAAGGGUCUACCUUGUAGCAGAGAGGCAAGAUUACAGGGCAGCAGCCUUCAACCCCACUCACUGACCGAGUGAGCCUAAAUCACAGAGAUUUUGUUUCUCCCCCAGAGGUGCCAAUAGAAAAUUUUUGGGCAGAAUUUCAGAGCGGCACCUGUUAGUGUUAUCUGCUGUUUCUCGGCGCUAGGUAAUGAACCAAACUGAAUUUUGGGACCGAAAUACAGUGGGACCUCGGUUUACAAAUGAAAAUCCAUUGAAAAUAAUGCCUCGGUUUACAACAUUUUUUUCGCAAUACAAAGCAAGUUUCCCCCGGAUGCAUUGCACCUGGGAGGUUUAUAGCACCGCCCCCUGCAUGCUGGAGCCUGUGGGUAGCACGUGGCGUCGAGUGUGGAGGUGUAGGAGCGGCUUUUGCAUCGAGUUUUGGAGUUAUUCUGGAAAUAGCUUUCAGUUGUUUUGGGACUUUUUGGUACCUUUCUCAAGCUGUGGAAAGGUGGGGAGCUGAGCUUUGUCGCUUGCAUGCCUUUUAUUGUGUGCUCUGCAUUGUGAGUUGGUUUCCGUGCCAGCCCAUUUUGGUUUUUUUUCUGACCUCCAGAAUGGAUUAAUUGGUUUUCAAUGCAUUCCUAUGGGAAAACGCAUUUCGGUUUACAAAUUUUUCGCAGUAAGAAACGUCCCGGGGGAACACAUUAAAUUCGUAAAACCGAGGUCCCACUGCACCUGAAAAUCUUUUCUUCUAUGCAACCAGUCCGCCUUGCCCCCCAUGAUGUUAUUGUUUUAAAAAUUUCUAUAUACUUAAAAGGAUAUAGAGAAUAUAAUUGAAACAAAAAGGAUUAACACAAGUUAUAGUUUAUUUAAAAUCUUCCCUAAGCCUAAAGUCCUUCAACAUGGAUGCUGUCCAGGAAGUAGGAGGGUCUGGGAGGGAGGGUCUGCCGGAGAUUGGCAGGGAUGUGUCAGCUGACCGGAGUUCGCGGCGAACCGUUCGCGGCAUCACUAUUCUGGAAUAAAAGGGAAUCAUGACAUGUCAUGUGUCCUUAAGGGGUUAAGAGAUCCCUCUCUACAUACCUCGAAACAGAAUGCACGUGUCAUGGUUGAUUAUAUAUUUCCUACCUGUUCUAUGUUAAAUGUUGUAUAUAUUGUGUAUUAAUAUUGUUUUUGUAUUUUAUUGUACUCUGAUGUAACAAUGCAAUGAUAUGUGGUCCCAGGACAUACUUGAAAACGAGAGAAAUCUCAAUGUAUCUUUCCUGGUAAUUUUUUUUUUUUUUUAUAAAUAAAUUAAUUUUCAAUGUUUUAUUCAGUUGUGUAAAUUCCAUAGAGGAGACCAUUUGCCUCGAAGUGUCAAUUUCAGUAUUUUCAUAAAUUUUUUUUUCCCAUUUUUGCUGGGCUAUAUUUUUCAGUUUGUCUUUUUUGUCCUACAAUUAGAAAUUCACUUGAAUUUCACACUUUUGUGAAUGACCUUGAGUAUGUGUUUUAAUUUGGUAUACACCUGUCAUUUGCCACUUAGGUUAGAUGGUUCUAUUUCACAUAUGUGUAAUAAUUGGUAACAUAGUGGUUUUGUUUUUCUUUUAUUGUGAUAGAUGUUAUGAACCCUGUAUGUAAAUUAUUAUUAUUAUUAUUAUUUAUUUAUAUAGCGCCAGCAAAUUCCGUAGCACUAUACAAUGGGUGGACUAACAGACACAUAAUUGUAACCAGACAAAUAGACGUACAGGAACAGAGGGGUUGAGAGCCCUGCUCAAUGAGCUUACAUGCUAGAGGGAGUGGGGUAUAGUGACACAAAGAGUAUAAGUAGGGGUAAUAAAAUAGGUUGCUAGAAAAGUAUUCACAAAGAACUUAUUUUUGACAGUUGCAGGAGGGGUAGGGGUAAUUUAAAUAGGUUGCUAGAAAAGUAUUCACUGAGAACUUAGGUUAUUUUUGACAGUUGCGUCCAUGGGGGGGUGGGGGGAAGGGUGAAUGAAAACCUGCUAACAAUUUAAAUGAUAUGCUCUCCUGAAGAAGUGUGUUUUCAAAGAUUUUUUUGAAGGAGUCGAGAAUGGGUUAAAGUCUAACAGGGAAGGGAGUUCCACAGAAAAGGUGCAGCCCUGGAGAAGUCUUGGAGGCGAGCAUCGAUGUGGGAGUACGGACAGAGGAUAGACGUAGGUCUUCGGCAGAACGCAGGGGCCUCAACGGGACAUACUUGUGAAUUAGGGAUGAUAAGUAGGUUGGAGCAGCAUUAUGUAGGGACUUGUAAGCAAGCACCAGAAUCUUAAAUUGAGCCCUAUAUCUAACUGCAAGCCAAUGUAGGGAAUGGCAGAGGGGGAAGGCGUGGGAGGUGCGGGCGGGCAGACAGGAAAAUGAGCCUUGCCGCCUCAUUCAUUAUAGAUUGCAGCGGUGCAAUCUGGGAACAUGUAAGACCACUGAGAAGGGCAUUGCAGUAGUCAAGGUGAGAAAUAACUGCAUGGACAAGCACCUUAUCUGCCUCUGGUGUUAAAUAGGGGCGGAUGUGAGCUAUGUUUUUGAGAUGAAAGUGGCAGGAUUUGGCGAUCGACUGGACGUGAUGGGUGAAGGAGAGGUCGGAGUCAAAGAGAACACCCAGGCAGCGAGCCUGCGGGGUAGAGGUGAUGGUGGCGCCAUUGACUUGGAGGGAGAAACACGGGAGUAGCAACACUUGAGGGAGGAAAGACCAGAAGUUCUGUUUUGGACAGGUUGAAUUUAAGGAAGUAAGAAGCCAUCCAGUUGGAAAUCGCAGAGAGGCAGUAAGAGACAUGAGUCAAGAUGGGUGGAGAGAGAUCAGGAGAGGACAGGUGGAUUUGUGUGUCAUCAGCAUAUAAAUGAUAAUGGAAGCCAAAUGAGCUGAUGAGCUUACCAAGGGCAGCAGUGUAGACUGAGAACAAUAGGGGACCAAGGACAAAACCUUGGGGAAUGCCAACAGAGAGUGGUUGAAACUCAAAAAGCGCUGGGAGAGGUAGGAGGAGCACCAGGAGAGAGCAGUAUCUUGUAGACCGAGAUUACAGAGAAUGAGAAGAACCUGUUGAUGAUUAACAGUGUCAAAGGCAGCAGAAAGAUCAAGAAGAAUUUGGAAAGAGUAAUGGCCGCAAGACUUAGCAAUGAUUAAAUUGUUGGAUACUUUGGUCACAGCUGUUUCAACAGAGUAACGAGUGCGGGAUCCAGACUGAAGCGGGUCAAGCAGAGAGUUGGAUUCGAGGAAGUCUGUCAAUCUUGCAUACACAACUCUCUAAAGGAUCUCGGAGGCAAAUGGCAGUAGCGAUAUGGGGAGUUGGGCUUUUUCAGAAUCGGCAUUAUAGUUGCAUGCUUGAAGGGUGAAGGAAAUGUGCUGGAGGAAAGUGAGAGGAAGAGCAAGAGAAGGAGACAGUGCAGAUGGGAUAUGAGGAAAUAGGAUCAAGGGAACAGGGGGUGGGGCGGGAGGACCGGAGCAGAGCAGAAACCUCUUCUUUUGUAUUAGGUACGAAUGAGCAUAGAACAGUGGGGUUGGGUGGAAAGGGAGGGAGAGAGGUUAGAGAUCUCUUCCCUUAUUGUCGAAAUCCUCUCUGUAAAAUGAGUUGCAAAGUUUGAAGCGGACAGAUUGGUAGGGGGAGGGGGACCAACAGGGCGAACGAGAGCAUUAAAUUUGUGAAAUAGGCAUUUGAGUUGGUGGGACAGUGUGCUUAUGAGGAAGUUGAAGUAAUUUACUUUUGCAGAGGAAAGAGCCAAAGUGUAGGAACGCAGCAUAAAUUUAUAGUGGAGGAAGUCCGGUGCAGUGUGAGACUUUCUCCAACAGCGUUCCGCAGCUCUGGAACAUUUUUUUGUGAUAUCAGGUCAGCUUGGUGUGCCAGGGUUGUAAUUGGGAACACUUGCUGCAUUUUAAAUGUAGGAGGUGCCAUGAUGUCAAGUUGAGAGGAGAGAGUGGAGUUGUAGAGUGAGGUUGCAGAGUUAGGUUGAGUGAGAUUUGAAAUGGGUAAAAGGAGAAUUUGGUGGAGAGAUGCUGGAGAAUAAGGCAGUGGAGGUUUCUGUCAGAUUGGAGAGUUGAGGAUGGGGAAAUUUGGGUACGGGGUAUGCCAAUGUCAAAGGUCAGCAGAUGGUGGUCAGAUAAAGGAAAUGGAACAUUGGAGCGAUUUUAGAGGUGGUACAGAGAUUGGUGAACAUGAGGUCAGGGUGUCCUGCUGUAUGAGUUGCUGAAUCAGUGCAUCUCUAUGAGGAAAAUUCCGCGUCCCCAUGCAGAGCUGCUUACUGUACAGCCCUGAGCCAGGAAGCUCCUCCAGUGGCAAUCUAAGGAGUGGCCACUUGGAGGUGUCCCUAGGGGCAAUGUAAGCACUGCCUUUUCUCUGAAUUAAGCUGUAGUUGUUCUGGUGACUCUAGUGUCCCUUUAAGUUAACAAGCGAACAAUGUUGAGUGGGGCUUGGAACAACUAGCUUUAGCAUGCAGGGCAAGACAAAGUAAAAUAUAUAUUUAUAAAUGAACAAGUACACAUACACACCCACAACUGUAUGUAAAUGAUUUGACAAUGGGAUUUCUACAAAAGUGUUUGGAGUAACUGAGAUGUUAAAAGGAUACUUCAAAAUGUUUUAGACCACUUCUUAUUUUAUAAUGCAGGGCUGGACAAAUACACAAACACACACUCCCUCACUCUCAAGUGAUUACUUUUUAAUUUAAAUCCACCCAGCCUCCUUACGUCUGGAGAGCUGGAGUAGAUAGGCUUUCCCUGGGUUCCAGUGGGAUUGGUGCCAUCUCCCUCUCGCGCACUGAUUAGUGAGCUGGGGCCGAAGUGACGUCAGUCAGCAGCCUGCCUCAGCCCUCCGUGAUCCGACUGCCCGUCUCUGCUCUCAGGCAGCUGGUCACCUCGGGGGCUGAACAGUCUCACAAAUCCCAGACGAGCCCAGUUAUAAUGCUGUAUAUAGCGGUAUGUCAGAUGUUCGACAAAUCACAGGUACUAUGGUGACUAUGAAAGUAGGAAUGUUGUCCUGGCGACUGGGAAUUUGUCAGCCUGUUUAGCAUCCCCACCCUGCACCCACUGAGGCGAGAGUCACAGAAAGAAUGCUGUGGGGCAGUGAGGUAACUGUAAUCUUACUGCUCUUCUUGCUCUGCUCCCUCAUGCACCUUUCAGUGAUGUUGGGAGCUGGACUAUGAUGUCACUCUGUUCCCAGCAUCAUUUCCUGUCUGAUUUUUUUUUUUUUUUGCAUUACAUUAGAAAAUACCCUAUGUAGGAAUUUGAGUGUUAUACACCAGGGAUAGGCAACAUUUGUGCAUCACUGUACCAAAGCAAGGCUUUGAAAUCCUUUGGAGUGCAGGUCUUUUUUUUUUUUUUUUUUUAAAGUGUAUUUUGCUGCUUGUGUUGUGUAUGUGUGCUGCAAGUGCUUUACACGGUUGUAUUUUUGCAUGUUUGAGCUGUAUUCGAUUUGAGUUUGAUACACAUGUAUGUGGGCUGUGUAUCACAUAAUGAUACUGUGGGCGUCUCUCCAGUGUGGAUAUAACUUCCUCCAAGUGCUGCAAUGAGUAAAUUGAGAUCUGCUGCUAUCACCUUUAGUCCCAAAUGUUAGUUUGGCACUAGCACAUAUAUGAACACAUACAACUGGGACCACUUUUAGGCUUGCUACAGGGGAGAUCCUAAGAUAUCCUCAGACUGUUUGGCACUCCACGUGUAAAAGCACCUGGAGUUCCAUAAGUCGCUGGUUCCAGUUAUACCCUCUUUUUAACCCCUUAAAUGUAUAUCUGUAUGACAGAGCUAUAUUACCAUAACUGUGUAUGCCUAAUAUAACAAAAUAACUAAUGCACGAAUAAGAAAGCAAUUUGUAGCUUUUUAUUAUUGCAACACUUCAAUAAGCAACUAAAUAUUGAUGCGCUUUUUUUUUUUUUUUUUUUCUUGACCAACUUCAAAUACACACAUUCAAAUCUUGAAGUAAAGUCAACUGGGUAAUCUCAAAUCCUAUUCUGCAACACUGUUUCAAAUAUUUUAUUUUGCACAAGUUUAUAGUGUAGUGAGCCACUGAGCUGCCUUCAUCAUUGGAAUCUGGACCUCUGUGUUCAACUCCCCAUUCUGUGAUGUUAUAAACUGCGUGUGAGACCUAAGUAACAUGUGCAGGCUCUGUCAUUGCUUUCUGUAGGAGAUAUGCAUGUGCAGCUCCCAGUAGUGUAAUUUAUGAAAAACCAUGAAGGAUAUUACUUUGAAAGCAAAUCAACGCCAUACAUAUGUUAUUAACUUGUCAUAUAUUUUCAUUAAUGUUUCCCAUGAAACAUAACAGCUGAAUUAGGGGUGCACAAAACACACACCCCUGGAUUAACACAGCACUCCAAUUGAAAAAAAAAUGAUUAAUCAGGAUUUGCAGAGCAGAAUCAAGUUCUAGUCUCUCUAGAAGCUAUAUAUUUGAAGCCAAAAUAGACAUUCAAAUGCAUGUUUAAAAGUAGUCCCAUCAUCUUCAUGAUGCAUUAAAAGCUGACUACCUUCAGGUUAAAGUGUCACUUAAAGGGACACUGUAGCCACUAGUACAACUACAACUUAUUGUAUUUAUUCUGGUUUGGCUUGGGUUGGCUCUGCCCCUGAUCUGCCUCCUUCACAGUCUCAGCCAAUCCAACGCUUUUGAACACCACGUCUGAUGAUUUUAGCCAAGCAGGUAGAUCGGGGCAGAGCAGCAGACUGGAAUAAAGGUAAUAUUUUGCAGUAUUUAGUGGGGCAAAGGGGGGGCAGGUGGUGUUUUUAACACUAUAGGGUCAGGAAUACAUGUGUUUUCCUGAAUCUAUAGUUUUGCUUUAAAGACUCGGUUCGGUAUCAUAAACACUUCAGCCCACUGUAGUGGUUACAGUGCUAGGAGUACUGCAACUCAUCAGCAUGAGGUUGGUUACUGGCUUGCUAUGGAAGCUUGGUGUUACUUGUAAAGUACAUACCAUAAGAGUUGUGAUGGGGAAAAAAAGUGCUGACUGCUUAAUGCUUGUGUGCAGACCAUGUAUACCUGAAGAAAUGUAGUCUGUAUGUCUAUACUUGACGUAAAAUAUACACCACAUCAAUCAUAAUGUAUGAAUAGAAAUGAGUAUUUUAAACAUUCCCAAUAUGACUCUUUAACAUAGCAUGCACACUUUAAAUAUCCAGGUACAAAAGUUUGCCAACAUCUUUUUUUGUUUUUACUUUAUUCCACCAGGUGGCUGUCAAAGCUUUCUUUAUUUAACAUGUAGUGGUGAUUUUGCACUAUUUUUGACAAUAUGUGUGAUAUUGAGAGUCACUUCCUGACCCUGUUUGCACAGUUGCAUGGGAAAGUGAGUUAUGACAAAUAAAACGUGUAUAUUAUAUUAUUUACCUUUUUAAAUCUAGCCUCAUUUAAAAAAGGUCAGUCAGAGCAAUGAAACUCAAUUGUACAUGUUACAAAAUCAGACUACAAUAAUAACUCAUUAUCACAUUCAAGGCAAAAGUAAAUUUUUAGAGAAUCUUAUACAGCACAAAUGGUAACGUCAUUUGUGUUCUUUCCCAUACUGGGAAUAAUGCACAAAUAACCUUUGUGCCGUUCUGAGAUCACUAAGCUCAUAGAAGUUAUACUCCUGAGAGGCAGCUGCUGCCUGCGACUAUAACUUCCACUAAUAUCAGGCAGCACCCUGGAGCAUUUAUAUUCAUGUGCUGCACUUACAGCAAAGUCUUACGCUUAACCGCUAUACUACAAAAACUAUUACUAAGUGCAAAAUAAGUUCCAUCACACUCCAAAAAAAUGAGCAUUUAAAAAAAAUAGAAUCUAUAUGAAAUGCCUAGAAAGACUGUGUUGGAAUUUAAUUGAAAUACCAACACAGUCAACAGAUAUCCUAACACAAAAUAGGGACCCCAAAAGUUGAUAGAACCACUUUACGCACUAAGUAUAAACCUAAUUUAUGUGAUAUAAAAUAUACAGAACAGCACAUUAGGGGAAAAUAAUGCCUGCCACUGAAGAGGUCAGGAGACAUUUCUAACCACGUUACCUUCUCUCAUGCUUUAUUAUAUAUUGCAUUUAUCAUGAUUUCUUUAGUUACUAUUAUGUGUCAUAUGUGCAUAAAAUAUUUGUAAAUCUUUUGUGUACAGGGACAGGUUAUGGUGUUCCAUUUGUGUAUUUCUGUUGUUGAUUUAUCUAAAUCAGGCUUCCCCAAACUCCUGCCCUACAGAUGUUGCUGAACUACAACUCCCAUGAUUCUCAGCCUAUCUAUUUCAUUCAUAGAAUCAUGGGAGUUGUAGUUCAGCAACAUCUGGAGGGCCAGAAUUUGGGGAAGCCUGAUCUUAAUGUUCGUUAAUUAACAUUACUUUACAGCAAAUCUACAUGUUUCCAAUGGCAACAUGCUCUCUUGUUUAACACUUUCUCUGUGUCUGUGAUAAGCAACCUAGUGAGAAAAUUGCAGCAGAUUAAACUGGGACUGGACAGUGUUAAUUAAAUAGGCACUCCAGGCUCCAAAACAACUUUAUCUAAAUUAAGAUUUUACAGUGCCAGGAGGCACCCAGGAGCACCCUCGAAUGGUUUAACCCCAAAAGUUGAUUUGAGCGCCGAUCUCCACGCCUCUACGAAUUGCAUCCAGCUUCUGAAAUUCCACUUUCAACUUCUGCUCCCUGGGUAUAAAUGGAGAAUUUGGUUUUGUCACCCACAUGCACCACACACAUCUAAAACAAUAUUUCCAAGAAGAAAAGGAUACUGUGGUUACAUUGUCUCCUAGUUCUCUUACCUCAUACUUGCCACAUUUACAAUUCCAAGUAUUUUGGCAUGACACUAAAAUAACAAAAAGGAUGGAGAUUUUAAUUGAGAAAGCUUAGUUAUUUGCUGGUUAAUUAUACCCAAGUUAUUUUAGCUACGCUAAAGUUGGUGAUUCAUAGCUCCUUAUAGGAGAGUUACAGUUCUUUGUUCUUUCCCCCCAUUGAACGCAAUUGCAACAUUUGCUGGGGCGAAUAAAGCAAUGGAGGAAAGUAAACAAAAAAAUCUACCUGCCUCUGUUUCACUGCUACAUUCUGUGUAAUAAAGUUGUCUCAUGAUGCCUCGGGCGCACUCAUGGGUAUCUAUUGGGAAUUUGUAUAUGCAAUAUUUGCAUGCUCUGUUUUCUCCAGUGUAUGAUAUGUUUAUGGAACUGCAGGAGUUAACUAAUCUGAAUAGUGUGACUGGCAAAGCAUUUUAAAUUAAAAAUUAUUCCAUGACGAAUUAAAAAAACAUAUUGCACAACCUGUAGCCAACUAUUUUCAGAAGUGACAAUGCCUCUUUAAGGAAGUAUGGACUGUGACAGGGUCACUAGGGACAGGUUAAUAAGGGCAGGCACAUAAGAGAGCACACUUUAUCCCUGCUUUUAGGUUUAAUAUCUGCAGCAGCUUCAACUGCUACUUAAAGGAACAUUUUAGGCUGGUUAUGGCAGCAUAACAACUUCAUCUAAACUAAGUUGUUAUGGUGCCAGCACAUCCCCAGAUGCACUUUGACCUUCAGGGGUUAAACAGUUCUUGAAUGGUUUAUCCCAAAAGUUGCCUCCAGCACAGGUCUCCACUCCACUGCAGCUGACGCUUGCAGCCAAUCGGCUACUCCCCAUUCACAAAACUGUCUUGGAAAGAAACGUACCUUUUUCUCCAGUCAAUUGGGAGUCACUGAUUGACUGGAGAGUCAGCUGAUUGCUCUCAGCCAGUCAGCGGCACCCCUGCCUGGCAGCACUCUUCGCUUCCUGAAAGUGGAAUUUCAGAAGCUGGAUGCCAUUUGUGGAGGAGUGGAGACCGGCGCUGGAAUCCAACUUUUGGGGUUAAACCAUUCGAGGGUGCUCCUGGGUGCCUCCUGGCACCGUAAAAACUUAAUUUAGAUAAAGUUGUUUUGGAACCUGGAGUGCCUUUUUAAUUAACACUGUCCAGUCUUAGUUUAGUCUGCUGAGAUUUUCUCACUAGGUUGCUUAUCACAGACAGAGAGUGUGAAACUGAGCCUGAUUUGUAAGAAAAACUGUGUGCUGUUUAAUUAUUGUUUUGUGAUUGGGAACCAACCCAUAUAUUCCAAAUGAUACAUUUUGAGGUGUCUGAUCGAACCACUUUAUUAUAAAUGCAGGCCUAAUUUACUGGUUAGUCUUUUAUUUGUGCUUUUCACACACACACACUCCAUUUUCACAGGACGGUUCAUUUCCUUGAUAUAUGAGAGUGCAAUAAAGCUUCAGUAUUUUGAUUUAAUAUUGUCUCAUGACUAUAACGGUAACCUCAUGUACCAGUUUUCCAAGGUCUUUUUGGAAAGUCAUAGGGCCUCAUAUAUUAGAUGCCCUUUUCUUUUUUGUCAAUCUUUUUUAUUAUUUGAGGAAGUUGAAUGACAGAGAAUCAGAAAAUGUGAUAUGAAUAUUCAAUACAUAGUUUGUAGCGAGAUGGUAAAUUACUGCAAUAACAAAAAAAGGCCAAGUUUAAAAUUAGAUACAUAGAUACGAGCCUGCUCCCUAACGGCAGUCUGGAAAAAAUAUACCACGUGGUAAAAAAUCCGAAUUACCACAAAGUCCCUGAUAAUGUCAUAAGUUAGUAAUAGGAGUUAUGCGUGGCAAGAGACAGGCUAGAUGGUUAGCAUAGUGUAAUUGGGGCAUGAUAUGCAGUGUCUGCUACCAUGCAUCACUUUGCUUAUGCCAGGGAGGUUGGAAAAAGUAUUAAAUAUUCAACGACCACUAACCAAGGGGCUCUUGGGGGGGGAUUUGAAUUAAGAAACCAGACUUUACGGCUGAGUGAUAAUGAACAAAUAAGUGGACAAGGCUAAGCAAAGUGAACUGAUAAUCUAAAUUAUUAAAAAGCAUAGUAUAAAGACAUUAAAUUGCUUAAGUCAGUAUGUAGUCUGUCACCACAUCGGAUCUUCAUUCACUUCUAGUGAUGAAGGGCAUAGUGUGAUCAGGAUUGUCAGUAGUCACAUCAGAGGAAGAGUGUCGUUUCUUUUGAUUAGAUGCCCUUUUCAGCUUUGAAAUCUGUCAAACUUAUUAGGAAAGAAAAAUACCCCCUGUUGGCAUACCAUUUAACACGUAUUCUAAAUGUAGUACUUUGAGCUGUUUAGUGUAGCCACAUUCUAAUGGCUUGGUUUACAGUAAAACAGGGACAGGCCAAGGUCAGGGGAAUACUGAAGUCAGUGAAACAAGCCAAUUUGUUAGUACAUGCAGCUAACAAAGUGCAAUCAGGACAAGUCGAGGUCAGAAAUCCAGAAAAUAAAACAAACUGACAAAGUGAUUCAAUAAUUCAGCUCUGUAUGGUAGACUCUGAAACAGUCUGUUAUGCAGAUGGGAGGAAGGGCACUAAUAACUGAAAUCCUUUCGGAUUCCUUUCUUGUAGCAAACACGACUCUGGGUGACUUUUUUUUACUGGGUGUGCGGGGAUUUGGGAAGGAAAGUUCUUGCCACAAAGUCUUUUGACAUCUUCUGAUUCCAAAGAGGGGGGAAAUUGGGGGUGGGGGGUAAAUAAAAUAUCAGGCAAAAGUUUCAACAAUAUGUUUUACAAUAUGUAGGAAUUGAAAAUUGCUAUCUGGCAAUUUUUUUGUACCAGGACAUACUUUUUCAGUUGACCAGAUAAAGCUCUUUACAUUUAUCAGCCAUGUCAACUCCCAUGCAUACUUGCUGUAGUCUACCAUGUAAUUCUUUAUUUUCUUCUCGCUGCUCAGUUCUUCCCCUGACAGACACUGGCACUGUACUUUCGUCAUGCAUUGCAGACAGCAUCUAUGCAUCUUUUUAUUAUCUGUGAACCAAAGGGCCAGCACCUGGCAUAGAGUUGAAGAGGACAUCCAGGACACACCAGGAAAUCCUGUUGGGUCAAGAUGGCUAUCCUUCCCUUGAUAAAUCUAAAACGCCCAUGUGUAGCCAUUAGUGGAUUCACAUAAUUUAUCAAAUUUUUUUUUUUUUUUUUAAUUCUUUAUUUUUGUUUGACAUAUCAGCAGAAAACAAAACAAGAUGCGCCCGUUUCAUAACAUAUAACUGUGGUCAGGCGGAGAGAGCCUGGCAGCAUUAAAAGCAUACAUUGUGGAAGUGCAAUAUAUAACACAAGAGAAUAAAUCACAGUACAUAGCUGAUAGAUAACGCUCUCCAGUGGGGGCACAUACAUCAUAAAAUAAACAAUCAAGUUAAAGUUUUACUGUGCACUAUCUCGGGCAGAAGUGGCCAGGAAGGUGUAAGGCCUUUAUAGAUAUCUGGUGGUGCCUACCCUACUUCAUGCUAAGGGAUGCUGCGUAGGGGUAUGAUCGUGUGCAUCUUGCAGUGGAGCAUUGGAGCUGUUCGGCCCGGCUGUGCAGGGGUAAAGGGCCCGCCGAGCCGAAUGCAGAGUGUCGUCUGUAACGUGGUGCUCUUGGCCGGCUCCUAGUGACAUGCCCAAUGCAUCCUCAGCUUUGGGAAGUAAGGAACCCUGCUAGCCCCUGGUGCCUACCUAUCUGGCCUGCAAUAACGUGGGUAAACGUGCUGAUGUUGAGCGUCUGUGAGCUAUCAAUGCCUGUGUAUGCUAUAUGAUAAUUUAUCAAAUUUGAUGCCAUGUUGUGACCACUUCGAUUGGAUAAAUUGUUUGAAAAGAAAGGGAUCAUCAAUACAAAUGUUUUGGGCUGGGAUAUAAUUUGUGAAAAAUUUGUCAGACAAGAGUUAGAUAAGGGGGCAAAUUUUGUAGCGCCUGUGAAACAAUGGGUCGUUUCCAGGGGGACACAGUGCGUUAUUGUUACAAUGGAGGAAUUGCAGCAUUUACUCUUAGCAAUCCUUCUUGAUAUCCCCUGUGAAAAGCGGUAGCCAGGAUGGGGGGGCUUUUGCCAAUAGCACCUGAUACUUUUUCACAAUACCCAUUUCUAGGGUUUGAGUCCAAACUUUUUUCAUUUCUGUGGCAUGUUUUUUCAUAAUUUUUAUUUUUUUAUUCUUUAUUUUGGCAAGGCGUUGAAAUUACAUAGUUGACAGUAGAUAUGUGUACAAUAAACAGAGAUUAUCAAACUAGUCAUACAUAUCUGAAUAUAUGCACCUUUUUUAUUUUUGGUUAACAAGAGAACAUUGGUGACCUCAGAGUGAUGGGUCUGAACCGUUAUAAACAAGAAUAUUCUGUUAAUCCCCAUUAGUAGGAAAGUAAACACAUCCUGGAUGGUAUCUCUAGGGUAGAAAGCUUAGGCAAUAUGGUCACUGACGUAUACAUGAGUGUAGGAACAUGCUAGCACAAGAUGAAAACAUGGACUGCAUAUAAUAAAUGAGAACUAAGUGCAAGUUAGAAACAUAGAAUGUGACGGCAGAUAAAAACCAUUCGGCCCAUCUAGUCUGCCCUAUUUUCUCAGGUUAUGUGUCAUAAUAUGGCUCUGAUCUCCUUAUUUUGUGUUAAAUCACACAAAAUGCUUUCCUAAUGGGAAUAUAUGCAUCAAUCUCUGUAUCAAGAACUGUACUCCAGAUGAGUGUAACAUUUCUGAAAGUAGUGGUUUUGCAGUUGUAGCUCACUCAUUUUUUUUCCCCCUUGCCCGUUUAAUAAACAGAAGGUCUUCGUCCUGAGCCUAUUUAGGGAUCCUUAAGCCCAUUUAUUCCCGAGAGUCUAGAUCUUCUGUAAAUAUAAAGUUUAAUAGAUGAAUUCUCAUAAGAAAUUACCGACAGGGCUCAUUUUGUGUGAUGUGCAGUGCUUAUUUAUCACACUCCUUGGGUUCCUCUCGCAAACUAGACCUAGAAGGCAACUGUUCAAAGCACAUUCCUGGGAUAACAUUUGUUUUGGAGGAGCAGCCUGUCUGAGAAGGCAACCGUGUGUUUUAUGACUGUCUGAGUAGAGUGCACAGAUCUUUAGUUUGGAAGCCCUACUAGAAACCAAUGUUUCUUAUGCACCAUUAUGCAAAGUGUGUGCGUACCUGCAGAGCUGACCUUGUAGCAGCAGAUAUUAAAUUAACUGUAAUCUGUCAUUACCAUUCUGCAAUCCCACUUUCUAUUAUUACAUUUAUCCUCAAACUAUAUACACAGAUUUGACUCCAGGAUGUCAGUCUGGGAUGUUCUCCAAUCAAAAUACUAGUUUCUGCACAGAUAUUAUAUUUUAUGGUUAUUUCCCAUUGAAUUAUUUUUUUUCUUAAACUUAAACUUUUUUCUCAAACUGUGCUGGUGAGCUAAAUUAUUAAGGUCUUAGAAUCAAAUCAAGUCAUGUGAUAUCUGCCUACUGGUUCACUUAUGUAUUAUGUUUAAGGAAUUAAUAGAACAUUUCUAGUAGGGCUUCCAAACUAAAGCUCUUCAUCACACAAUGCAUCGCCACUUCUUCUGCUUCCUGUGAACCUUGCACGUACUGCAGCUGUGAGAUAACUAACCCAACCUUUUCCUCCACACCUCUUUAUGAAGCAUUAUUAUUAUUACCUCAUCAUCUCCCUAACUACUUUGUUGUUCUCAACCUUAACAGUGUUGUCCUGGAUGCCCUAUACAUUAUCCAGCAUGCAUAACUUGUUUCAAAUUACUUUAUCACAGGCCAUCUCACUAAGCUCUUUGUAGAUUGUAGCAAGGUUCUCUAAUACUUUUGUAUUAGUAUGUCUAGUUAAAUGUGGUACUGUCUUAACUCUUAAUUACUGUUAAAGGGGCUCUUGGACUACCAAGACAUCUUGCAGUGUUCUGGAUUUAAAACCGCCUCCCCAUUUUUAAUUAAAUAAAUACAUCAUUUGCCCUGGUCCCUAUGCUGUAGUACCUGAUCUCACAAUUUAGGCACUCAUGGUACUGAUAGUAAUGUGAUUUAAAGAUAGUAUGGUGCCAUAUGGUAAUGGUUCCAAGAGUCCCCUGAAGACUUUGCAUAAUAAAAAGUCAAACUAUUUAACAGUGUAACUCUGUCUCACUUGGGCACCUGUUAUAUGGUCACAUUUCACAGAUAUCACUGAAGUGGAAAUUCAAUAUCAAAUUCUGAGGAACUUUGGACCUCAGUCAUUGGCAUACCUAGAAAAUUUGGCACCCUGGACGGAUCCUCUGUUUGGCUCCCAACCCCCAUUCCCCCCCCUCCAAAUUUAUUUAUUUUUUUUAAACUGCAAAUUAUUUUUUUUAUGUAUUACACAAAUUACUAAACUUUGUAAAACCCUUCACCUGGCCCCCUUCUACAAAACCCUGUACUACCCCCUUCUACAAAACCCCUGCACUCCCCUUCCACAUAUCGCCUGCUCAGCCCCCCUUAUACAAGACCCUUGUCCCAAUACAAAACCCCAGCCCCCUUCUACAAAAUCUCUGCCCCCCCCUCCACAGGUAUAGGCAGCAUCACACAGUCACAGGCAGUCACACACAGUUACAGGCAGACAGUCACACACACCACUUACAGGCAGGCAGACAGUCUCUCUCUCUCACACACACAGUUCCAGGUAGGCAGUCUCACACACACAUAGCCACAGGCAGAUAGUCACAAACACACAAAGUAACAGGCAGGCAGACAGUCUCACACACAUAUACACACAGUUACAGGCAGGCAGUCUCACACACACAUAUACAGACAGUCACAAACACACGCACAUCAUUACAGGCAGACAGUCACACACACACACACACACACACACAGUUAGAGCCAGGCAGACAGUCUCUCACACACACACAUAACCACAGGCAGUCAUACACACACAGUUACAGGCAGACAAUCUCACACACACAGUUAACAAUAUUAAUCUUGUCAAUAUAAAAACUUUACUUGCUAAGAGCAUCAGCUAAUAUUCUCUGCCACCAGAUAGGGGGGUGCCAUGACCUUGGUCUGGGGGCUGGAGGGGGAUGUGUGAGCUUUGCGGCCGCAUAGUGCCCCAUGGCAGCUGGGGUUCCAGGCGGCCGACACAGCUCACACACGCAGAGACCAACUGAACUGUCCGCUUCUCCAAUUAACAGGCUCCAGGGAAGGGCUUCAGUGAAUCCCUGUGGAUUCACUGAAGUUCUUUACUGGAGCCUGUUAAUUGGAGAGUUUAGGCAUCAUAACAACUUUACUUUAAUGAAGUUCUUAGGGUGCCAGGAGACCCCCGGGCACUCUCUUAACUAAAGGUGUUGAAUGGUUUAAUCCCAAAGUUUAAAUAUAUAAAAAAAAAAAAACUCUGUGUUUAGGUGAUGUACCCCACCAAAAACACAAAGUGCGACUGCGACAAAAUUCAGUUUGCCAUGGCAUCUAGAAAUUUCAUCCUGGCACCUGGGAUGUCAGCCCUUCUAGGCUGCGGCCCCGGGUUAGCAUUGAAGUCAGCCGCAGUGGGGAACAUUGGGGCCGGCUGCCAAUCAUGGUGAGUAUGGAGGCAGCUGGCUAAGGCAGCAAGGAAGCAGCGAGGGAAGAAGCAGUAUUCUACCUGCAGCUCCUCUCUGCUCCCUUUGUGCUGUUUAAUGAUGCCGGGAGCCAGAAUAUAAUGUCACUCCGGCCCUUGCAUCACUACAGAGAGCGCAAGGGAGCAGAGAGGAGCUGCAGGUAGAUUACUGCUCCCUUGCAUACAUGAAGAGAAAGCUGCCCCACUGGUAGUCUGAGUGGAUUUCAAUUAAAAUAAAAAGGUCAGUUUGUGAGUGUCUGUCAGAGAGUGUUUGUAUCUGUUUAGGUACCUGCUCCCCUCAAUCGCACGAGAGGUGUUUUACACACCCUUUUCCCCUCGCCGUGGCUGGUCCUGCCUCUGUGGCUGAAAUCAUCCAUCUUUAAGAUCUCCGCUAAGGAAGGAUAUUGCACGUGCGCAGCAAAACAAUGUGCCAAUCAGCAUCUCCUCAUAGAGAUGCAUUGAAUCAACGUAUCUCUAUGAGUAACAUUCAGCGUCAUCAUACAGCGUGUGAAGACGCUGAAUGUAGGCCAAUGAAUCUCUAGUGGCCAUCUGACUGACUGACUCACUAGAGGUGCUACUAGGCAGCAAUGUAAACACUGCCUUUUGCUGAAAAGGCACGGUUUACAUUGAAAGGUCUGUGGGUACAGGCUAUAGACACCAGAACAACGACCAUAAGCUGUAGUGCUUUUGGUGUCUAUAGUGUACCUUAAGAAUUGCAUGUUUCUUGUUGAAAAUUAAAAUUCCUUUUUGAAAAACUGGCUCCUAACUUUUUUUAGCUGGCUCUUCGAUUCUAAACAAAUUUGUCAAGCCCUGCGUAUACUGGGGCAGCAUGUAAUCAUGUAUAAGGAAAAACAAAAUAAACAAAGCACAGUGCAAUUCUGUGUGGGGAGGUACAAAUUAGUAUCAAAGGUGAAUGAAUAAAAACUCAUAUUUAAGAGAACCUUUUAAAAAGAUAAAGGCUUCAAGCAUGCAGACUUCUGUGCCCUAGAGGUGGCUGCAAAACGUUCUUUAAUGAUGGUAAGAAGGUUUUGCUGCCACCUCAAGGGCACAGAAGCCUGCAUAUUUGGAGUCUUUAUCUGUAUAAAAGGCACCUCUAAAUUUGAGUUUUUAUUCACUCUCUUUUGAUACGAAUUUGUAUUUCCCACAUAGAAUUGCACUAUUUUCUGUUUUUGUUUUUCCUUAUCUAUAGAUCUAUAUUCUGCCCCCGUAUCUGCCUUAAACGGACACUGUAGUCACUAUUACUAUUUGACCUCUUUGAAUUGCUAAUAGCACCUGGAGUCCCCCGGCACUGUUCCUCUUUUCAGGGUUGCACUGUGUUCAAACAGUUUAACACUGAAUAUGGGUCCCUGGCCACUCACAGUCCGUCCCCUUCUGGAGGCAGAGAUUACACACUUCCUUGUAGUCAUGCCCUUCAAUUAAAGUUCUGAUAUGCUAAAAACAGUCAGCUGACACUCUCAGCCAAUCACAGCUGCCCAUUGCUGCUCAGGCUAAUACUUUCUAAUAGCCAAAUCAAUACAGAGGGUAGGGACUGCAGGGGACUCUCAUUUCACAUUAAAACAUAAAGACAUUUAAAAAACUGUUUAAUGCUGAAUAAAAUAACGGCACCAGAGGAUUCUAGACCCUGUAACCAGUUUAAUGAGAUGAAGCAGAUACAGUGUCCCUUUAAGGUAAGUGUUAUCCUACACAAAUGUUAGCGCUGCACUUGCACUUUGUGUUUUUGGUGUGGUACAUCAUUUAAAUACUAUUUAUUUAUGUUUUAUAUUAGAAAUUUUUGUGUGUGAUAUAAGCUUCUGUUAUAUAUAUGUAUAUUUGUGUUAACCCCAAAGUUGCCUCCAGUGCCGAUUUCAACCUUCCCCCUCUAUUAUUGAGUUUGUUUCCUUUUGUGAGUGUAAGAGGGUUCUUUUUAAAUAAUCCCUCCUUUUUUUGUUCCUCCCUCCAAACCAACACUGUUGGCCUUGUUAAUCAAGUGACAAUGUUUCUGUGAUAUGUACUUCAGCUAUUUCUUUAAAUUGAAUGUUGAUAACUGGACAACAACUCAUUAGCACCCCUGCUCUACCAAUAAUGCCCAGUUAUGCAGAACCAAAUGGGAGCAUACUGGUUUACUAAUAACCUGUUUGCGCAAUGUUUAAAAUCUGGCAAUAUAUUGCAAAUGCGAUAACUUAAAAAGUAUAUUUCCAUUAUUAUAUCGGAUUGGUUGUAUUUGCAUAUAUUCUCAUAAGUUCCAUCCUGAAGUGUCAGUUAAAGGAUGCUAUAUAAUAAAAUAAUAAUACUUAAAUACCCAUAAUGUCAACUUCCAUGCAAGGGGCUUUUGUCUUCUAUAAUGAGAUAGAAACACUGAGAUGUCAGUUUGAGUAGUUUUCAUGUGGUGUUUUGUUUUCUGCAGAUAUCAUUGGGACAGAUCAGAUGUCAUCACCUACAGAAGAAAUGAAUGAGGUGAGGCAGUAUCCAUGGAGGAUAGAUAACAAGUACUAUUCAGCUGAUGUCAAUAUUUGUGUGGUUCCCAGCACUGGACACAUUACUGCACAACUAGCAGAAACCAUUCAGGCCUUCAUCAUAUAUUUUGACAGCACCGUGGUAAGUAAAACCUAGCAUGGACUGUUUUUAAUGCUGAUUCCCUUUGUGUUCUCCACUGCUCUAUUUCCCUUCUUUAUUCUAUAUGUAAGAUAAAUUAUUUUACUUGCAAUUUUGAGAAAACAAAUUUAAAAACAAUCUAGUCAAAUGUUAACGUUUUAGUUAAAGUGGCUCGGUCACCUCGUACUUGCCUUUCUCCUGUUGAUUCCUCUUUCAGAAUCUGUGCUUUCAUUUCUGAUCUAUUUCUAUUUAAAACAAAAGACAAGGUAGUGUGUUUUCCUUUGACAAAAGGUGAAGCUUAAGGCAAGCUUCAUCCUCUGUUAGCCUGACAAAGGAAGUGUAACUUUCCUUAAGCUCCAUCCUUUUGUCACAUUUGUCAGGCAUCGGAAAAAUACAUAAGACAAAAUAGAUCAGAUGUGAAGAAAAUAUUCUGUAUUACUAGGCUCCGUGAUUUAUUUAUAAUCCAGGCAGAGGUAGUUUUUUUUAAUUUUUAAUUUUUUUUUUUUUGUAAAUCAAGCUAAAAUCCUCAUUCAUUCUUAGAAAUCUGGUCUGGAGAAGGUAUCAGCAUGGCUCCCCUUCCUGGAAGAUUGGCUGCUAGAUGUCAUGAUCCUUGUAUGUGACAGGGCAUUGGAAACUGGUAAGAAUGUGCUCUAUUCUGUGUAGCUACAGUGUGCAUGUGAUUAGUAUGUGCUCUGUAUGUGUUUGUGGCCUUUCCUCUACUAGAACACCUGACAAGUUAUAUUGCCUCUAGUUUCAGACUAGUCAUCCAAAAGGAUAAAUUAGGAGUGUAUUUCAGACAAUUCAGGAUUCAUUUAGUUAAUUCUCAACAGUUUUUCUUUCCAAAUAUAAAUAGUUAAUUUUGUUUAUGAUGGAUUUGAUGUUCUAAAUAAUUAUUAAAAUGAAUUAAUCUUACAUUUUGCAGGGUAUUGGCUAAACUGUAUAGGCCAGCAUAUGUAUCCUGCAGUAAUAUUCUUGUUUUGUAACCAGCAUCAAGUUGUCUUCACCUCCACUAUGGAAAUAGAUCAAAAAUUAUAUGUUCUAAUAGAAUAUUCUAAAAUAAGAUAAGUACUUAAGCAUAGCGCUUCUUGCUUAAAUGUUGGCUAGGGCAUCUGCAUUAGUUGUAAUGGAGAACGCUAUGCAUUGUUUAACAGUUCAACAGAGAAGGAGUUAAUAGAUAUAUUAUGCUGUGUAUGUGUGAAAAAUGGCCAGAAAGGUGCAUUGUUAAAUGUCUCGUAUGGCAAGGGUUAAUAGACAUGUUUCAUUGUGUGAGAUGAGACCUAACAGACUCCUACUUUGAUAGGCGUUACCCGGCAGACCGCUCAGGAGUGGUGUAUCAAGCAUGGAUUUGAGUUAGUGGAGCUGAAUCCAGAGGAACUGCCAGAUGAAGAUGGUAACUACAGCUUGGACACUGAAAGGGACACUAUAGUCACCAAAACAACGUUAGCUUAAAGGGACACUCCAGGCACCCACCACUUCUGUCCAUUGAAGUGGUCUGGGUGCCAGCUCCGACCACCCUUAACCCUACAAGUGUAAUUAUUGUAGUUUUUAUAAACUGCAAUAAUUACCUUGCAGGGUUUAUGUCCUCCUAUAGUGGCUGUCUAUGAGACAGCCACUAGAGGGACUUCCAUGUUCUUAGAACACGAAAAGUGUUUUAAACUACGCUGGACGUCCUCACGCUACGCAUGAGGACCUCCAUCGUUGCCGAAAUCCCCAUAGGAAAGCAUUGAAUAAUGCUUUCCUAUGGGAAGUUCUAAUGUGUGCGCGCAGCCAUUGUCGCGCAUGCACAUUAGGUCUCCUCUGCCGGCUGAAGUUGGUGGGGGAGGAGCGUGGGCGGAGCCUGACCCAGCACCGAUGGACAAAAAAAACCUUCAGCAACAUGGGAUGGGGGGUGGGACGGAUAUGUUUUCCUGGCACUGGGGAGUCCCUUUAAUGAAGUAGAUUUGGUGUAUAAAUUAUGCCCCUGCAGUCGCACUGCUAAAUUCACUGCCAUUUAGGAGUUAAAUUACUUUGUUUAUAUAGCCCUAGUCACAGGGCUUGCAGGUAACUUGCACAGCCUUCCUUAACAGUUACUGUAAAACGUCAUCUAAUGUUUACACAUUCAUGUAUUGCCAAUUCUGUUUAAUUUAGACUUUCUUCUCUUCUGCUAUGUUAAUAACCUAUUAGACCCUGCAUGAGACUCCUGUGUGUGAUUAAGGUUCAAUGUACAGAGGAGGAGAUAAAAACUUCUAAAAAAAAAACACUUCUGAAACAUUUUGUUUUCAUGCAGGCUGCGUCAGUCACAGCCAGGGGAGAAGUGGGUAAGGCUGCAUAAAAAUAUGCAAAGGUGAUUUAACUCCUAAAUAGUAGAGGAUUGAGCAAUGAGACUUCAGGGUCAUGAUCCCAAACUGCUUCAUUGAGCUAAAGUUGUUUUGAUGUCUGUAGUAUCCCUUUAAUUCCUGUAUAUUUAUUUAGAAAAUAUCAAAGUAUUCCGAUGCUGUCUAAAUGAUACUGCUCUGUUCAUACACAGAUGAUUUCCCAGAAUCCACGGGCGUCACACGUAUAAUCCAGGCCUUAAACGCCAAUGUAUGGACUAAUGUAGAAAUGAAGAGUGGUGAGUAACUAUUUUAAUUGACAUUUGAUCAUUUAAAUUGAAUUUCUCUUUGACACGCUGGAUAUAUUCAAAUGCUUUCUGAGAUAAUUAAUCUCUUUUUUUUUUUAUUAUUAAUUUCGAAGUCAUUCUUGUCUUUGUUCCACUUGAUGACACUGCAGGAUUAAUGUAACAUAUCUAUUUAAAGCGUUAUAGAGAUUAUGCAUUAAUAAAGGUUACCAUAUUACCCUUUCAUGACAGCAGUCAUUACAAGUGUUUUUAGAAAUCCAUUCUCGCCAUGAUCGGUAGUAAGGCAUCAUAGAAAUAUUGAUAUGCAGGUUACCCAAGGCAAGGAAUUGCUAAGGCAAGGAAUUGCUGAGCCAUCCCUGUGCUUGUCUUGCCAAUCAUGCACAGCCAGCUGUGGGGACCUCCAUUUAUAACCAUACUCCACACAAUUGUUGGGUGUACUCGCUGUUACAAAACAGCCUUACUUGUACAGCCAGAAUGGGUCUCAUGCCGUAGGACCACUGUGAUAGCCAAUGACAGUGGUCCUAUGGUAUGAUUAGUAGCUGAUACCUGACUGCAGCUUUGCAUGCUGUAACUAGCUGUCUGUUUUAUUGCUGGUUUCCUCCCUAGUGAGGAAGUCCAGCAAUAGUCAUUGAUUGGCAAAUCGUAUUCUAUAUAUUAUUUUACUAUAGCGUGCUGUAAUGGGGAUAAUGUGCAGUCGUGGGCUACAUGGGUUCAGUAAAUCAAUGGGUAAAGAUUGGAAAUUUGAAACCCCUAAAAAAUCUGGCAACGGUCUGUAUAGGAGUAUUACUGUAUUUGAAAUUCCCCAUGAAAAUUAAAUAUGUGGAGAACACACAAAUUUAAAGGGACACUAUAGUCACCAGAACUACAGCUUACUGAAUUUGAUCUGGAGAGCAGAAUCAUUACCUUCAGGCUUUUUGCUGCAAACACUGUCUUUUCAGAGAAAAUGCAGUGUUUACAUUACAGCCUAGUGAUAACUUCACUGACCACUCCUCAGAUGGCUGUUAGAUAUCCUUCCUGGGUAAUUCAUUCCUUGCAAUAUUUGCCAUGUAACUUCCAAAAAAUGAUUUAAAAUAUAGAUGUGUGAGACUUUAAAAAAAAAAAUAAUCAAAAAACGGAUUUCUAAACUAACUAUUAUGAGGUUUUUCUUCCCCAAGAUGUGUAGGAAGUAUAAUUAUAGUUGUUGCCUUUGUUUGUGAUUUAUAAGUUAUAUCACUCUAAGAUCUACUGGUAUUUUCACUUGUUCAUGUCAUGAAACAUAAUUGAGGAACUCUAUACUUAAUUACAAGCAGAAAUUGUAAACAGAGAGCAUUCAGUUCGCAAUUAUUUAAUACAGAUUAUCAUCUAGUCUAUCGCUUUGCAAUUGGCAACUUGCCAAUUUGUUUUCAAAUUCCUUGCACACAGACAAGUUAUAUAUAUUUUUAAUGUAUUCGUGUAGCACUAGCCUUGCCUUUAAGGAUAAACCAUGAAAAAUACCCAUUGUGAUUAGUGGAACAUGUUACAACACUGCAUAAGUACAGACUUCUUACACAAUUCACCAAUUGUUUAUACUAUUGCACUGACACUUCUUACUAUUUACCAAUAAGCAUUGACUUUGUCUGUGUGAUUCCAGAACAAGCAUUUGGGAUCUUCAACUCAUUGGCCUCGAUGAAUCACGCUCCAGAGAACAGUGAUGACCUGCAGGGUGAUGUGAGCGGGUACUCCGAAUCUGUCUGUCAGAUUAAUAAUAAGGAAGCUGAGACCAUGUUUGGGACCCACACUUAUAAUUUGUAUCUGUGGGACAACACAACAUUAAUUAUUUUCUCUUUCUGUCUUAGAUACUCUAGAAACACAUUUUUUUUUUCCCCUGUAGUUAGAGGAAGUACAGACCAUGGGGAUCUUCAACCAUCUUCCGCAGGACAGGAAGCCUAUUUUUGGAGGGAACUUAAAUCCCUCCCAGACCACCUCCCCCUUAUCUAUAAAACAUCCCCGCUGUUUUUUUCCUGUCCCCAGCAGAGCAAUUAGUCCAGUUAAUGCUGAGGGCUGAGUUUCCAGGAUGGCUUGUUGUUUCCCACAGGUGGCUGGCUAGCAAUCAGACUCCCGGUUUCUUUAUAUUCCAGGUUAGAGCCGGGCACGUGUUUUCCUCUUAUAUUGAUGCCGUCAAUCCUUGCCAGGUGCAGGACGUUAUGGAAUCACACUGUAAGCACAUCUGAAUGAUGUUGCUUUCCAUUGCAUAACUCAGAGUGCAAGACACAUACGCAAAGAGAUUUGAGUGCUUGGCGCCAAAUUUGAAACUUGAAACGCUUUUUCACUGCUAUUUAAACACCAGCCACAGCUGCUGACAGGAAUCAUUCUGCCUACCUUUUGCCAAGAUCGUAAAAAUGAAAAAAAUCUAAACUACAUUCUCUAGUCUAGAUGUUAAAAAACAGCUAUCUCGUGAUACUUUAAAAGAACCAAAGAUUUCCAAAAUCCAAUCAUCUUUUUCUCCUUUACCAGGGUUCAUCAAAACUUUAUAUGGCAUCUAAAGCAAUACUUGCAUGUCGAUCAAGAAAACCAACUCACUGGCAUACAUUUCCCAGAAUAAAAUUCCUCCAAAGUUAAUCUGAGCCCAUUCUACAAGAUCAAUAUCACCUUCAUGGGCUUCGCUCCCUUCUAAAUAUUUUUGCAGAUUCUGAGUGAGUUGUAAUCAUACUUUGGGCAUGAGGGUUUUAAAUGUUAAAUUCUCUCUCAAAAUAGGUUGAUACUCCUGCAGAAGACAGCUGAAGAUCCCUAUGGUCUGUACUGCCUUUAAUCCUUGGUGGGGGGGAUAAAUUUACAGUUGAUAAAACUCAAGUUUUCACAUCCCUUAUCACCUUGGGGAAUUCAUAAAAUUGAACUCUAGCCUAUAUUCACAACUGAAUUUGACCACCUUUAACAGUUUCUGCCCCAAAAAGUUUGAUUCCGAAUUCUUCAGGUCCGAAUUCUUCCUAGUCCUUCUGAUAGCUAUAUGUAAAACAAAGUAAUCCCUGCCUUUUUUUUUUUUAAAACUAUAACUUCUAAAAAGUGCAUGGUAGAUAUAAGACCUCAACAUUCAGCUAGAUUUUAACUAAACAGUGUAUUUUAUAACUAGGGGUGGAAUUAACUUCACGCAGGAUUUUAUUUAGCUCAGGAUUUUUUUAUUUAGCUUCUAAUUAUGUCUUAUUGACUAAUGGCUCCUGUAAACCGAUUUGAGGGAUAGAUGUAGUGAUGAGGUCCUGGAGAUGGAAAACUAAUUAACAUGCUGUCUGUGUUAGUUGGCCUUCAUAAAAAAAGACAGUAAGCUAAAAUCGUUCCAAUGUUAAUUGAGUGUGACCACCUUUUAAAAGGUAUUAGUUUGAAUACACAAAGGAAAAUGUAAUACAUUUUUUGUUUAAUAAGUCUAUUAUGCAAAAACAUGACUGAACCCAUAUGUUGGUGUUAUAAUGCUAAAUUUCAAAUGUAUAACAAAGUUAAAUAAAACUUAACCUUGCUGCCUUUCUUGCCUUGCAGGUGCCCAGUGAGCUUGGUGCUGGGAGUCAGACAGAGCAAGGAAGAGAGUCUGGGAGUGUUUGUAAUUCCCAGGUUGACACAAUAGUCGGUAAGACAGAUCCCUUUGACAUUCAUGGCUUUAUUAAUCCACAUUUUAACAUAACUUGCGGAUACACAAAUUAGAAGCCUAGACAGACCACAGGUAUGCAUUCUGUAGUGAGGGAGUUAAUAUAAUCCAUGAUUACACGUUGUAACUUAACUGCCGUACGGUCAGAUUUAUCUACUCUGACAUCGCCAGCAUAAACCAUUUUCCUGCUAUUUUAAAAGAAAACAUUUUUGAAAGCUUAUUAUUAUUGCAAUUCUGUACAAAAACACAAUACAGAAUAUGACAUAACAGAACCGUACAAUUAUACAGUUAAAGGCUGAACAAAUAUAGUACUUUCAGAGAUUCAAUCAUAUGUGGAUUUGGAUCCAGAAUGAUUUUCCAGAUUCAAAUAUUUAUAUAUUUAAUCACUUGUGCAAGUAUGAAUAGACCACCCAAAAGAGGUAGAAUAAAGAUAAUACAUUAGUAGCAAAAUUGGGAGUGUGGAAGGGACAUAAGUAUGUCUUCUCUAAAGCUGGAGAAGUAGGAGGUUUUAGGAUGAAAAACAUUUCUGGAAACUGCUUACUUCCAGAAACCAGUGUUUUCAGAUCCAUUUAAAAGAGAGUUGUGUCUUUGUGCAUGCACGAAGCUCGAACUGUACAGUUUAGUGCUGUUCUAAGCCUAGAUUGCAUUGUUUAGUGCUGCAACAUUGAACCUAAAACUCAUUGUUUAGUGCCACAUCAAUCAUUAAAGGAACAGCAUAGCAUUAAGAAUCUAAACAUAUAUACAUAAUGCUAAAGUGACAUGCUAGCUGUUUAGGUUACCGUUCCCCUGCUGUGUGAAGUAAAAGGUACUUUUGUUUACCUCUUUCCACGCUGUGCUGCUUUCUCCAUUGCUGACCCUGCUUCCUUGGCUGAUCUCAUCAACCUUGAUAAUCUUAGCCAUUCCAGUGCUUCCAAGCAUUGGGAGGCUGUUGCACAUGCACAGAAAAUCUCCACUCUUCUCCAAUUGGCAUCUCCUCAGUAAAUCACUGCAUCUCUAUGGGGAGCAUUCAUGAGGAAUCUAAACAUAGGUCCUGCAAACAUUGCAGGACUUGACCCAGGAAGUCCCUCUUAGUGGCUGUCUUAGUGACGGCCACUAGAGGUGUUGCUAAGCAGUCUAACAAAACAGCCUUCACAUUGCUGAGCCAGCAGAGACAUUAUGCUGUAGUGGUUCUGGCAUCCCUUUAACCCCUUAAGGACCAAACUUCUGAAAUAAAAGGGAAUCAUGACAUGUCACACAUGUCAUGUGUCCUUAAGGCAGUGUUUCCUAACCCAGUCCUCAAGGCACACCUACCAGUCCAGGAUUUAGGGAUUACCCAGUUGUGUCUAAGGUGUUUUUACAAAGAAGAAAAAAAACACCUUAGACACAACUGGGUAAUCCCUAAAUCCUGGACUGGUAGGUGUGCCUUGAGGACUGGGUUGGGAAACACUGCCUUAGGGGGUUAAGCACAUUAUUACAUUAUCCAGUGCCACUACACAUGAAAUGCAUUGUUUAAUGCUGCUACACCGAGCAUAGAAUUGAUCGUUUAGUGUCACAGCACUAAUGCUAACUAGUGCUAACCUUGAAAUGCAUAUUUUUAUUGCCACAGCACCAAGCCUGGAAUGCAUUUGUUUACUGCUCCAGGAUCAGAUGUUUUAUACUUUGUCACAAACUUUCCUUCCCAGAUCCCAUGAUGGACUUGGAUAUCAGAGAACUUGCAAGCCUUACUUCAGGGGAAGGAGACCUAGAAAAUUUUAGUCGUCUGUUCACAAAACUGCAGGAGAUGAAAGGUAUCUCAUCGUGCUUUGCGGGUAUGUGAAUGCAGAGUGGGACCAUCAUUGAAAGGCUAGUUACUAUAUAGAAUAAAUAUAGGAUCUGGAAGAUCUUGGCAGAAGAAAUAAAAAAAUACUGCAUGGACUUAAUUCGAAAUGGUUUUCUAAAAUAGACAGUGUUUUCUUCACUGUUGCUUAUGUAUGGAAAACACAAGUAAUGUUUGCAAAUAUGGAGACAAGAGAUCAACAGACUACACUUUAUCCAUCUAAUAUAAACUGACACCUUGCCAGCUAAGCACUUGAAGUUCCAAAUCCUUACCUCCAAUGAGAAUGAUAAGACCUGUCUCUGCCAUUUCUGUUCAUGGCAUUUCAACUUGGGACUUUGACUGGGGACUUCCUUGAGGCCUCUAUGCACAAAGAAAAAUUAACCCCUCAAAUUCUUUCUAAGACAUAUGCAUGUCAAUUUACUAGAGCCCCAUGUGGGAUGUGUGUAAAUAUAAAUGUAUGUACCGGUAAUUGAUUGUGCAUCUGAAAAAGUAAGUUAUAUGAAUCUAUCUCUCUUCAAACCAUAGUACACCUCCACAUGUUUGUUCCAGUCUCAUCUCCUUGCUAUUCUACAAACUCCACUCCUAAGUGAUCUUUAAUAUAGAUCAAAGAAUUCGGCAACAUUGUCAAGGCUUGUCUAUUUUACCUUUGUUUUAAUACUUUCUUAUAAUUGUCAGUAACUUUGGUUUUUACAAUUACAGUUACCAACGUAAUCAAGAUAGCUUCAAAUAUAACAGAUCUCAUACAAUCUAAUCCAAAUUAGGAGGAUUAUUGCACAGAGCUGAACAGUCAAGUCAAAUAUUAUAUCCAAUGUAGUUAAUUAAUGGAUCCUUUAAAGGGUACUCUAAUAAAACUCUCUUUCUGGUCAUAGUAACCCUUAUAUACUGGUCUCCUACACUGACCCAAUUAGAAAUUGGGAGAAUUGGUUAUCAGGAAGGACAGGGGCAGCAUGCAGGGGGGGGAGCUGUGUCGCCAUUGGUAGUCUGUUGGUAGAAAUGGUGUGCAUGCUGGAAACAGAUGUCCAAUAUGCACAGGAUUGACUUUAGACAUGCUGUAGCUCUUGUUCCAGGCUUGCUAUUAAUGCCCUUAUACACUGCAUAGUGAAAUACUACUAAUACAGACUCCACGCACCAUGACCACUUUAAAUUACUGCAGUGGUCAUGGUGCUUGAACCCUCUAAUAUUUGUAAUGUUAGAGUAGUCUAAUUAUCUAAUAUUAAGCUUCUAUGAUUUUUCUUUUUUUUUCUUUUGGGGAGGAGGGGGGCGUGAUUCCUGAUGUUUGACUCAUCCUGUAGUUUGUACAGUUCUAAUUUCCUAAAAAUGGAAUGGCAUAAUUAAACUCACAGUUCCUCUUCUCCCUGUUCCCUCUCUUUAGAUAAAGCUGCCACAUUGCCACAUGAACAACGUAAAUUACAUGCUGAAAAGGUAAGAAAUAGUUUAAGCAUCUAUGUAUUUUUAUUUUAUUUUUUCCCCUCAAAGUAACAUUACUGUAUUAAAGUGAAUUUGCCACAUUCCUACCAUUGUAAUAUCAAUACAAUUUAACUUUAAAUUGUCUCUCUUCCAGGUUGCCAAAGCUUUUUGGAUGGCUAUAGGAGGUGAUCAAGAUGAGAUUGAAGGCCUCUCGUCUGAAGAUGAAAAUUGAUUUUAGAACAUCCCCUUUCCACACUCCUCCCUACAUAUGUGAAGUUCACAAAAUGGGGGUAAAUUCUCUAAACCACAAACCGUGCUGCAUUGAUAACAUAGUUGGAAAUUUAGCCCAAAGUAGUUUUUUUGGAUCAUUUAAAAUAAAUGAAUGACGUGCAACAGAUAAUCACUUAGUCUGCUAUUUGUGCAUACAUUUUGCAAUUUACAUGUCAUCUUUGGCACACGCUACUGUUUAGUGGAUAACCUCCUGGGUCAUUUUGUAAUCAUUGUUUUUUCCUCCUUCCUCCUAAACAUCAAAACUGAAAUCUUGUAUUUAUUGGUAACAAAUAUAAUAAUUGUAAAAUACAUUUUAUAUUAAUUAUAGCACAAAAAUUGUGCUUCAGUAAAGUGUUAAAUAGAGAGCAAAGUAAAAAAUGAGCCCAUGGUAAUGUGUGUAGUUUGACUUGGGGCUUACAGAAGCUUCCACCUUCAGUGAUGUUGCUUGCAGUGCAACUUGUCCUAUUUACUUGUAGAUUGUUUAUAACCUUUCAUUACAUCAAGGAAUGUCCCUCCACAGUUUACCAUAGGAGGAUUAAAUAAAAACUGGAGAAAAGCAGUGGGUUUCUCUUAAUUAUUUGGGUUUUCACUUUCAGGUUGAGAUAUAGAAUUACAUCUGAUGUUCUUUCACUGACUGAGCAGCACUGGGUAUACUCUGCGCCUCAGAGGGGCAUUAUACAAAUAUAUUUGGGCCAGUGCAAAUCAUUGCCUGGAAAUCUGUACAGGGAUCAUUUUUAAUUAGUGGGCAGUGGCGAACUACUGAACGGAGUCCCAUGGGUCGGCCCACCCUUUGGACAUGUGGUAGCAUGGGCCUGGUUUUGCAGCACGGGAGGAAGUGAGAGCCUGUCACUUCCUCCCACAAAAACUGGAGCCACUCAGGAGGCAGAGUGGAGGGGGUGCGGACCAGGCCAGCCAUCCUCUAACUCCCAACAUAAUCAGCCAGCAGACAUGGACUAGGUAAGCCAUCCUGCUGCACCCAGAUAGUAGGAAACUGAAGGGUAGCUAAGAAGUGUAAAUUGUGACCUGCAUGUGUGUCUUUGUCAGUGUGUGUGUAUAUCCAUAUGUCAGUGUGUGUCUGUGAAUCUGUGUGUAUCUGUAUGUUGUCAGUAUGUGCAUCCACAUGUGUGUAUCGGUGUGUCUUUCUGUAUGUGUGUCUGUAUCUGCAUGUAGGUCAGUGUGUAUGUGUACCACAGUUUGUGUGGCAGUGUAUAUGUGCAAACACCUUUGCAUUCAAACACCAACACUACACACAAAUGCAUCUUUGCAUUUAAAUGUGAACACUACAAAUAAACACACCUCUGUAUUAUGCACCAAAGUUAUAUAUAAACACACCCCUCCAUUCAAAAACCAACAAUACUGAAAUCCAUACUCGCAUUCAAAUGCCAACACACAUACAAACCCCCCCACAUUCAUACACUCCAUACAUAACAAUUUUACAUUCAGACACACACUGGUCAGUGCUAAAUACAACCCUACAAGCAUUGGAAAAUGGAACAGCCCUAGCAUUGUGGGAGAUGUAUGACAGUUAGGAAUCUUCUUUUUGGCCACCCUUGCAAUAGGAAGAAGGAGAGGGGGGCAAAAAUAUUCUUCCCACUGUUGGUGGGGUAAUAGCUUUUGAUCCAAGGAGAUAUCGGACUGCCAUUCUUUGGUCAAGAAGCAUUAUAUUUCAAAAUAAUGCUGUCAUCUCCUCUGUUCAAUGGUUAUGUAUUGGAAUAAAUUAUCCCUAGCGCUACUCUCUUGAAAUAGCUGAAAAGAGACUUGCGUCCAUCAAGUUCAGCUUUUCUCACAUCUGUUUUUGAGGGCUCCCAACAUCCUGGAUUUCAUCAGGACAGUUUGGAUUUUGGUUCCUAUCCCCUGAUGUCCAGAUUUUGGGUACACCAGGGAACUGUCCUCAAAAUGUGUAGCACUGUAUCAUUAGAUGCACUCCUACAAUCAGGGCACUAGGUCUCAGCAGGGAGCACUGAAACUGUCCUCCAGACAGGGUCUGCCCUCAGUGGGCUGACCUGAAUGAUUGACAGGCAGCCUGGCAGGCAUCCUAGCAGACCUGCCAAUCCUUUGAGCAGGGCCAUUGAUACAUUUUCCCUGGGCCUAACUUGGAAGGAAUGGAUAUAUCUUAAGAUAUUUUUAUAUUAUAUAGCUACCUUAAGUAAAUAGCAUCUAUAGAGAAAUCAAUAAAAACAUAUAUAUACCAUCAUUAUUAUUAUUAUUUAUAUAUUUGAGUGAAUGUGCCCGGUGUUAAAAAUGAUUAAAUCAAACAUUUGCCAGUUAGAGCUACAUAAAUAAAAUCCGUUAUCUCUUCAUCCAAAAUGAGCAACUGGAAAAAUGAUAUUACUGGUGUGUAUUUUUUUAUUAAUAAAUCUACAAAGAUCAAUGCACAACUUAUUUAAUUCCCCCUUCUCUUUCUAUGCACUGGAGACAUUUAUGUCUGAUAAUCCUUCUUAG